UGUUAAGGCUAUACGGGGGAUCUUUGCCUUUGGAGGCAGACGCCCUCCAGCAACAACGGGGGGCAUAGGAGCGACGCUCACAACAACGAGCGAAGCGCCGUGCGGAUAAAGCGCAGCAAAUCGGCGCUCUGGGUAGCAAAGUUGAUGGAUCUGCCAGUCACCACAAUCAGUCAACCCAUGGGCGCCUGGGACUGUGACCUCUCAACCCAAAGUGCACCUAGCAUGGCUCAAGCGCCGUGGGGACGUCACCUCCACUUAAUGGUGAACGGCGGCGGCUACUGCUGUUGUUGUUGUUGCUGCUGCUGGUGGUGCUGGUGGUGUCAGCGGUUGCAAGUAUCGGUGGUGUUGUUGCCAGCGAUUGUAUCGAUGGCGUUCGAGGUGGUGGCAUUCGUGGCGUGGGCCGCCGGCUGUGUUGCCGGCGGCGGCGUUAACAGGGCCCGGGUUAGGUUUAAGUGGGGGGCCGAGGUUGGUACAGCUUUGGGGGGAUUGGGGGGCCCUCUGUGUACCGUAAAUCCUUGCUCCCUAUGGCUGUUUAUUUUCCACCAACCUACUGUGCCGCGAUGUUGGACAGGAGGCGGUUAUCCACCGCCCGGGAGCUGCCACUGCUGCUGUUCGUUCAAACGCAAAGUACUGGACCGCAAAGGCGAAAUCAAAGUUUUAAAAAGGAAACUCGCGUGUCACCGCUAGCGUCUCCGGUAGCGUCUCCGGUAGCGUCACGGGUAGCGUCUCCGGUAGCGUCUCCGGUAGCGUCACGGGUAGCGUCUCCGGUAGCGUCUCCGGUAGCGUCACCGCUAGCGUCACCGCUAGCGUCACCGGUAGCGUCUCCGGUAGCAUCACCGCUAGCGUCACCGGUAGCGUCUCCGGUAGCGUCUCCGGUAGCGUCACCGGUAGCGUCUCCGGUAGCGUCACCGCUAGGGUCACCGGUAGCGUCACCGCUAGCGUCACCGGUAGCGUCUCCGGUAGCGUCACGGGUAGCGUCUCCGGUAGCGUCACCGCUAGCGUCUCCAGUAGCGUCUCCGGUAGCGUCACGGGUAGCGUCACCGCUAGCGUCACCGCUAGCGUCUCCGGUAGCGUCUCCGGUAGCGUCACGGGUAGCGUCUCCAGUAGCGUCACCGCUAGCGUCACCGCUAGCGUCACUGCUAGCGUCACCGCUAGCGUCUCCGGUAGCGUCACCGCUAGCGUCUCCGGUAGCGUCACCGCUAGCGUCACCGGUAGCGUCUCCGGUAGCGUCACCGCUAGCGUCUCCGGUAGCGUCACCGCUAGCCUCUCCGGUAGCGUCACCGGUAGCGUCUCCGGUAGCGUCACCGCUAGCGUCACCGGUAGCGUCUCCGGUAGCGUCACCGGCAGCGUCACCGGUAGCGUCACCGCUAGCGUCACCGGUAGCGUCUCCGGUAGCGUCACCGCUAGCGUCUCCGGUAGCGUCACCGCUAGCGUCACCGGUAGCGUCUCCGGUAGCGUCACCGGCAGCGUCACCGGUAGCGUCACCGCUAGCGUCACCGGUAGCGUCUCCGGUAGCGUCACUGCUAGCGUCUCCGGUAGCGUCACCGCUAGCUUCACCGGUAGCAUCUCCGGUAGUGUCUCCGGUAGCGUCUCCAGUAGCGUCACCGGCAGCGUCACCGGUAGCGUCUCCGGUAGCGUCUCUGGUAGCGUCACCGGUAGCGUCACCGGUAGUGUCACCGGUAGCGUCUCCGGUAGCGUCUCCGGUAGCUUCACCGGUAGCGUCUCCGGUAGCGUCACCGGUAGCGUCUCCGGUAGCGUCUCCGGUAGCGUCUCUGGUAGCGUCACCGCUAGCGUCACCGCUAGCAUCACCGGUAGCGUCUCUGGUAGCGUCUCUGGUAGCGUCACCGGUAGCGUCUCCGGUAGCGUCACCGGCAGCGUCACCGGUAGCGUCUCCGGUAGCGUCUCCGCUACCACCGCUCGUUGCCGGUAGCGCCGCGGCUCUUGACAAUGACCGAAGUCGGUGGGAGACCCCCCCCCCCCCCUCCCACCGUUCACUUGAGCAUUGAGAGGCGAUCGGUGGUUGUCUCAUCUACACAGCUCCUGCAGUGCCCGUGAUGGAAAUUCCACAUUCCUAUAGCAUGGGAUUGUCGGGGUGGGCGAGGUUAGGAUAACUGCUGUUAACCUCCCCACAAACUGGUACUUAUUUUAAUGACCCCCCCCCCCCCAGGGGGGGAUGAUGAACUCUCGACCUUCCACCGGCCCGACGAGUCGCCGGACCGAUCACCAGACGACCUCUGGGUUCACCAUCGUGCUCCGCCAUUGCGUGUGAGCCGGCGUGAAAACCUGCGCGUCGCGUUAGGGGUGGGCCUCGCCACCCUCAGGGUCCCGGGUUGCAGCCCCUGGGAGCCAUCGCUUUAACGCAGCCCCCCACCCCCCCACCCCCCGAGUGGUGGAGGUGGCGAUGGUGUCGGUUGUGGCCGUGCGUGGUUCUGGUUGUCGUGGUUGCGUUGGAUGUUAUUUUGCCUUCCACCGACCAUCUCC